UCGGAUCCCCCCCCCCCCCUCCAUCCCUCUCAGAUCUGAAGAUUUGAUCCGUGGAUUCGAUCUCCAAUCCCUCCUACUAGGUAAACUCUUCCGUUCCCUUUCUUUUCCUCCGUAAAUUUGUUGCCAUUUUAGAGAUUUGUCCAAGAUUUGGUGGAACCCUUGAUUUGCUUGAUUUAGGAUGUGUAGUCAUAGUGGUACUGCCGUAGUGUUGUUCAUUAGUUCACAAUAUAUGAUUCUUGUUAGUGAAACCCUAGAUUGUUUAGUUUUUUUAGAUAUAUAUGAGAUGGCUCUUUUUGUAGAUAACUAUGAGAUGUUGAGUUUUGUAGACAUAUAUGAGAUGUUUAGUUUUUUAUAGAUAUAUAUUAGAUGUUGAGUUUAUUUGAAAUUUGAGAUGUUGAGUUUAUUUGAGAUAUAUAUGAGAAUUUACAAUCAUUUAUUCAUUGUGUGAGAAGAAGAUGUUGAGAUUGUUGUAGUUGAACACAUAUGAGAUGUUUAGUGUAUACCGAUAUUUGAGAUGAAGAUGAACUCAUAUAUGUUUAUUGUUUGAACUUUGUAAGGAUGGUUUGGCUUCUCGACGAUGUCUACGGCACACAACACCGGGCCUUCAUGAUGCGCGAGAAAGAUAUGAAGCUUGAACCUCUGAAGAUUCGGUAUCACGGGGUCUCUGGUCCUGCCAUGCCCUACGAUGAGCGGUACACACCCUACAUCCAGCAGGCAGGACUCCUCCUGUGGAUUCGGUUGGUCAGCCGGUCCACACCGAACCUCAACGCUCCACUGGUGACCUCUCUUGCUGAUCGGUGGAGGACGGAGACGCACAAUUUCCAUCUUCGGACUGGGGAGAUGACCGUGACGCUCGAGGAUGUCGCCUUGAUCACCGGGCUUCCUAUCGACGGGAGGCCUCUAUGUAUGAGCACCAAUUCUGAUGGGUGGCGCGAGAAGAUGAUUGCUCUUAUCGGUAUGGCUCCUACCGGAAAGGAAAGGAAAGAAGAGAAGAAGAAGAAGAAGGAAAGGAAAGCAGCCGGAGCUGCUUUCACGUGGAUUCAAAAUAACUUUGCGACCUGCCCUGCGGAUGCCACUAAUGAUGUGAUCCAGACACAUGCUCAUGUCUAUAUGCGGUACGUUGUCUCGAGGACUUUGUUUCCUGACUCCACGGGCAAGAACACUCCAUGGAUGUGGCUGAUGGCGUUGACCGUCUUCGAUAGAGGAUGGAGCUGGGGUUCAGCGACUCUUGCUUACUUGUACCAACAGGUAGUUGGUUUGUUUUGCUAUCAAGUCAUAUUCCUUUCGACAAUGUUAUUAUUGAGAAAUUCAAGACCACCGGGGUCGAGUUUCUUGUGUCUGAGCAAUGCAUUGAACAAUGUGGCAAACCGCUUGUCGGAGAAAGCGAGACAACAAUCUUGA